AUGUAUGAUAUUCUCUUUAAGCCAGUCACGUGUCUAUCCUCUCGCUAUUUACGUCAAGUUCGUCUGGGCGGCGCUGUACCAGUUGGAACAGGAGCCCUAUACAAGUGCCUAUGUGGCGGCUUUGGUCGCCCCUCAUGUCCCGAUAAAGUUCGUUAUGGUUUCAUACCCGAAGAAUGGUUUACAAUGUUUUAUAAGAAAACUGGUGCGACUGGACCCUAUGCAUUUGGAUUGGGUUUACUCACCUAUUUACUCUCCAAAGAGAUUUAUGUAUGUAAUCAUGAAUUUUAUAGAGGCAUCUCGAUGGCUAUAUUGUCUAUAGCAGCUGUAAAAAAACUUGGCCCACCUCUUGCUAGAUAUCUUGAUAACGAGGUGGAUAAGAUCGAGAAUUAUUGGAAGCAAGCACGUUUGACUGAAUUAAAUGAAUUGCAAGCAUUAAUAGACGGUGAACUCAAUGAACAAUGGCGCGCGAAUGGCAAUAUAUUGCUAAUGGAAGUCAAAAAACUUAAUAUACAUUUGCAAAUAGAGGCCGCUUAUCGGAAAGCGUUAAUGGAAUGUUAUAAGGAAGUGAAACGUCGUCUCGAUUAUCAAGUUGCUUUGGAGAGUGUUCAACGUCGUCUUAAUCGAAAAAAUAUGAUACUUUGGAUGAUAAAGGAAAUGAGCCAGGAAUUACCCGACGCGGAUGAAGAAAAAUUGGAAAAACUAAAAGGCGAUGUAAGCGCCAUGUCUUUACAAGUUCAAAUAUGA